GGCUGAAUACAGUUAUUACAUGGGAUUAUAGGCAAGAGAUCCCAAGGAAAGGUAAUCAUAUAUAGACAGGGGGUCAGAGUAGAGUUUGUGAUAGAAAAUCGAAUUUAUUGACAGCCCAUCUAAAAGGCUGCUAUUAUUCGUAAGACAAUUUGGAGAGAAAAAAAGUACCUGGGAAGCUGUUCAUUUAUACUGUAAUUGUUUUUUUUAUGAUACAUUACACCCCAUUAAAAUGGUUCAUAGAGAGAUUAUUUAGGGAGCAAAAUUAAUUAUCUCGAUUUAAAGAAUAAUUCUGAAAUCUACAGCUACGGACCUGUACAUACUGAUGGCUGAUAUAUAAAGAAGAUUGUCAAUAUAAAACAACACCCAUUGGCUACAAGGAGCUGAUUACAGUGACGGUCAUACUUUAACAGGAGCUGUUCUCUGAUUGGUUGGUUUCUGGUUUCCAAUCACAGCGGCCAGAGGGGGGUGAGAGCAGCACUGUGGUCCACGUGCAGGUCUAUGACUUAAGAGGGCGGUACACUGACAUCACAUGGCAGAUGGCCAAUCAGUGGACAAGACAGGAGGGGUUAUUAUGAAGAUUAAUGUUGAAGAGGCAGAGAAAACAGAAAAGAGAGAAGUGGUAGACCUAAGAAAGAACGAAAGAUUGACCCCCAGAGGAUGAGACAGACAAGAUCGUCUCCAUUCCAAACGUAUUCUCUAGUUCUUCACGCCACCGACUGGCUAAGACAAAGAGGAUGAAUGGUAGUUGUGAACCUCCCCCACCUUUAGGUGAGAGAGGGAGGCGAACAAGGGCCCCCCGGGAACUCGAGGGGACCCAACAAGAUGAGACAGACACCAACAGCCAUGGAUCAAGCGGCAAUGAAUCCAACGGUAAUGAAUCACGGCAGAGUCGGAGUUCCCACAGCAGUACCAGUGGCAAUGGAAAAGACUCGGCCAUGCUGGAAGCAACAGAAAGUAGUAAAAGCACAAAUUCUCACAGUCCAUCGCCUCCUAGCAGUUCCAUUGCUUAUAGCCUCUUGAGUGCUAGCUCUGAGCAGGACAACCCUUCCACCAGUGGCUGCAGCAGUGAACAGUCAGCCCGGGAAAAGAAUCAAAAAGAUCUAAUGAAGGCUUUAAAGGAAUUGAAAAUACGUCUCCCAACAGAGAAACGUGGAAAGGGUAAAUCAGGGACUCUUGCCACUUUGCAAUAUGCACUUUCCUGCGUCAAGCAAGUACGAGCCAAUCAGGAAUAUUACCAACAGUGGACCAUCGAUGAGUCUCAGCCCUGUGGCCUGGACAUGUCCAGCUUUACCAUUGAGGAAGUAGAGAGCGUUACCUCAGAGUACACCCUGAAAAACCCAGACACCUUCUCAGUAGCAGUUUCAUUCAUCAGUGGCCGCAUCGUUUACAUCUCAGAUCAAGCUUCUCUCAUCCUGCAUUGUAAGAGGGAUGUCUUUAAAGGUGCAACGUUUGCAGAAUUCCUGGCUCCUCAAGAUGUCAGUGUUUUCUAUGGAUCAACAGCUCCGUAUCACCUCCCUUCUUGGAGCAGUUGUACCUCUGGAGAUACCACAUCAAUGGACUACACUCAGGAAAAAUCUUUAUUUUGCCGGAUCAGUGGGGGCCGAGAGAGAGAUAUGAAUCUGCGGUACCAUCCCUUCCGCCUCACUCCAUACCUGAUGAAGGUGCGAGACUCAGAGAAUGCCGAGGGUCAGCCCUGCUGUCUGAUCAUUGCAGAGAAGAUUCACUCAGGAUACGAAGCUCCACGCAUUCCAGCAGAUAAACGCAUUUUCACUACCAGACACACUACAAGCUGUGUUUUUCAAGAGGUGGAUGAAAGAGCAGUCCCCCUCCUUGGGUACCUUCCUCAGGAUCUCAUUGGGAUGCCUGUUUUAUUCUUCAUUCACCCUGAGGAUCGACCUCUUAUGUUGGCCAUACACAAGAAAGUUCUCCAGAAUGCUGGCCAACCCUUUGAUCACUGUCCCAUCCGUCUAUGUGCUCGCUCAGGGGAGUAUGUGACCAUUGAUACCAGCUGGAGCAGCUUUGUCAACCCCUGGAGCAGAAAAGUCUCAUUUAUUCUAGGAAGGCAUAAAGUGCGCACGAGUCCUCUUAAUGAAGAUGUAUUUACAGCCCCCAAAGGGGCGGAGCUUAAACCACUAGAUCCCGAUAUUCAGGAACUGUCUGAGCAGAUUCACCGGAUUCUCAUGCAGCCAGUGCACAGUACAAACUCAGCUGGAAAUGGCAGUGGGGGCAGUAAUACAUCACAAGAACUGAAGUUCCACUGCAAUGCCUCAUCUAGUGACAGCAAUGCCAUGGUUACUGAGGAGGGGAAUGAUUCAAAACCACAGAUGACAUUUCAGGAAUUUUGCCAGAAUGUCCACAUGGUAAAGAAUCAAGGUCAGCAAAUGUUCUUAGGAUCCAGAGCACCGCGUCCACAGAGGGGACAUUUCCAAGGUCUUGCCCCUUCUCGUUCUAUUCCCCCCAUGGCACUGGAGAGUGCCCCUUCUCAUCCACUUCCUCCCAGAAUUCCAGAGGAGCUCACGCGGAAAGAGAAUUCCAAUUAUUCCUAUCAGCAGAUUAACUGUCUGGAUAGUAUUAUAAGGUACCUGGAAAGCUGUAACCUCCCCACCACUGUGAAACGGAAAUGUGGAUCCUCUUCCCAUACCUCGUCGGAGGAUAAACAGCAGACAAGGGAGAGUGACAAGGAAGAGCCCACCUCUGGUGCCACCCAUUUGCCUGACCUGCCUCCCCCACCAACACCCUCUGCAGUUGGCUCCGCCCCACUUGCUCCACUCCCUCCUCUCCCCCCCAGUAAAGCAGAGAGUAUGGUCUCUAUCACCAGCCAAGGCAGCUUCAGCAGCACUAUUGUCCACGUGGGAGACAAGAAGCCGCCAGACUCUGAUAUUGUACAAAUGGAAGAGUCCCCAUGCCCUGCAGCCCCGACUCCUCCACCUCGCCCACUAGGUCUGACAAAGGAAGUGUUAUCCGCACACACACAGAGGGAGGAGCAGGCCUUUCUUACCAGAGUACACAAUCUAAGCCAGCUCAGAGUAUUUGACACCCUAAAUGCAGCGGGUUGGGAGGAACAGAGCCACCACCCCUCUCAAGGUAACAAGCCUCAACGUAUGCGACACCACCGUGCCUCUCCUGGUACUUCCCAACCUGCAUCUAGGGGAGGAUCAAAUGCACAAGGUCGUCGGAGCAAGAGUGGCAAAUCCAAAGCCAAACGCCCAAAACCUGGCAAACCACUAUCCUCUCCACCUAUACAUCCCCUCCAACAACCUGAAGCACCUCUUUUACCCCCUUCAACUCCAGUCAUGCCUGGGUUCCAGAUACCUAUCUAUCCCCCACAUGUUCCUGCCCCUGAUCCUUCCCCACCACUUCCCAGAUACCCCCUUGUCACUCCUAUUGUAGCUUUGGUGCUCCCCAAUUACCUCUUCCAGCCUCCCCCUAUUGCACCUCCUUUCUAUCCUGGGGUAUCUGGGUUCCCUCAGUUUCCUACACCUGCAGAAGCCCCACCUCUUGCUACUCAAGAGCCUACACCAGUACCCAUACCUCCCCCUCCCACACAAUUGUGCCCUCCUCCCUCCCGCUCUUCGUCUUUGCCCCAGCCAGAGCUCUUUCAGUCACGUUGUAGCUCCCCGCUGCAGCUUGACCUGCUACAGAUGGAAGAACUUCCACAGCCAACAACAGGAACAGUGGCUGAAGUGGAGGUAGAAGAGGAGGCAAAGUUAGGAGUCUCUCCUACUAAUGCAGCAGGGUCAGGGGGAGCAGUAGGAGUGUCCAUUGCAGGAUCUGGGAGUGGAGAAGAGGACAGGCAACCAGAGAACUGUAUGGGAGAUCAUCAGGAGUCAUCCUCUCAUAAUGAUGCACUCUCAAGCUCUAGUGAUCUGUUGGAUCUUCUGCUUCAAGAAGAUUCAUUCUCCGGAACAGGUUCUGCUUCUGGUUCCAUGGGAUCUAAUGGAGGGAGCACGUCAGCUUGUGGCACAAGAAGUAGUGAGAGCAGCAACACCAGUAAAUACUUCGGGAGCAUUGACUCCUCAGAAACAGACUUGAGAGUCAAAAAGGCUGAAAGAGAAGAAGAGGAACGUGAAGUUAUUCGAUAUGUAAUGCAGGACCCACUCUGGCUGCUUAUGGCUAAUGCGGACCACAAAGUGAUGAUGUCAUACCAGAUCCCACCCAGGGACAUGGAAAGUGUCCUUCAGGAAGACAGAGAGAAGCUGCAACAGCUUCAGAGACAUCAGCCAAAAUUCAGUGAAGAGCAGAAGAGGGAGUUGGGGGAAGUCCACAGCUGGAUGCGGAGAGGCCGAAUCCCCAAAAUCAUGAACAUCACCUCCUGCACUGGCUGUUUUCCUGACUCCUCCCCAGCAGCUCCAUAUGAUGAAGAUGUAGACCUGUCCAUAAUGAUGGAAGAAGGUGGUGAAUACCCGGCGACUGGGGAAGAAGGAGCCGGCGAUGUUGUGAGUGGCUAAGAAGUUAAUGCCUUUUUCACAAAUUCUCAUUAACCAAUCUCAAGCUGCCUUAUCUUCUGCCCUGCUUCAAACAGGAGAAAUUCCAAGGACAAAUUCAUAUUUUCCGCCACCUACGGUUGCUAGGGAAAGGAUUAUAUAUGACGUAAUGGUCAGUUCCCAUCACAAGCUUGGAUUCUUCAAAUUCAGGGCUGGCACCUAGGACAAUCUCAGAUUCCCUUUCAUAAUCUCUUAAUAGAGUGCAAAAAUGGAAGCUGUGUCCUGUGGUGAUCUUGGAGACAAAAUGAAUGGUAUGUGCUACUAAAAGGAUGAAAACCUUUUGUGAAAUAUUUUUUAAUUGUUUAAUUUAUGGCCAGUGGGAGGGAUCAUAAAAAGUCCCUAGAGAGUGAAUCAUUUAUGUGUCAGCUAUUUAUAUUACAUUUUUCUCAAAUUAUAAAUAAAGUUAUUUUGUUUUUUUAUCUUGUAAA